CGAGAGAGAGAGAGAGAGAGAGAGAGAAGAAAAGAGAGGUUUCUCUGUCACCACGCACACUUCAGCUCAGCUCUUUGGAAAGAAAAUUACGAUGAGGUUUUGCUGUAGAAUAGCUCUUGCCUUCCUCCUCGUAUGCCUCUUCGAGGAUAACGUACUGGGAGCCCCAACCAAAGGCAGGUAUAUGUGGGUGAACUGCAGACCUGAUGGCGAUAAUCCGAACUGUGUCCAAAAGCAAGGGCCUUUGAUUGACCUUCCAGGGCUUAGCCAGCGACUUCCCGCUAGUGCCACAAAAGACAUAGUUCCAGUGGAGAGCAGUGAAGACAUCCCUGAGACAGAAACAGAAGAGCAGUCUGGAGAAAGCUCUGGUGAUCUGGACCCAUUUGACAAUGUGCCUGGGGUGGACAAGAAUUGGAUCGACGAUGGUCCACAGGUAGAGGCGCCAGUCGUGGAGGAGGAGGCCAGUGGUGAGACUGAUUACUCAAGCUACAUAUCUCCUGGGCAAGUGGAACCAAAGCUGACUGCAGAAGAUUUGAGACAAGAUAACAUGAUCCAGUAGAAGGCUGCCAUGUGCCAUGUGUUUUUUGAUGUCAUUCAGGUGUCAGGUCUUUUUGUAAGGACUCUCAGGAUAAGAGGCCUUAAAGUCCCUAUAACUGCUUUAUUUCUUUUUCUGUUUGUCAGUCAAUGAAAUGGAUGAUAUGAGAAGUCUAGAAACAGACUGCUCUGUGAUAUGUGCUGCAUAUUGAGCAAUGCAGUGUAAAGUAUUGUUAUACUGCACAGCAUUAAUCAGGAGAGAAUUAUUUAGUACCCAUAAAUCAAUUCCAGUGUGAGAAAUUUAAUGUGAAAUUUUGAAGAAUCGCCUAAAUUUGUGUUGAACCAUAAUGUCCGGUGAAAUAAAAAAAAAUAUUUAAUAUUUAAAUGAUCAAAUAGAGAGUAUUUUGGAGUGAAAACUUUUAAUGGUCGAUAUCAGACGCAGUGCUAAUAUAAAAGUGGAAACAAUGGAAAUAUAACUAUGUUUAUACCUUUUGUGCCGAUUUAGUAUUUUUAUAAAUGCUGUUUAAUGUUUGAUGUUUUGGGACCAAGUGAUGUGGUGCAAUUGUUAUUUUAACAUUUGAUGAUAUUACAGGAAUACAUAAUCAUGUAGCUGGAAUCAGUAGCCUAAAUGCUGGAAAUGGAACGGAUCUGUAACAUAAUUCAUUCUUGUAUCUGCCUGUCAUGAGGCAGCAUUGUCAACUGCAUUUUAUUUGCCAAUUAAAAGUCUUCCUUCACAUCUAU